GCAGGAACAUCCCUUCAGUGAAUAGACAGACUGAGCACUUACUGAUUAGAUAAGUAUUAUCCGUGUCCUCCCUCUUGCUCAAACAGAAAUUUUAAGCUGUCUUGAUUCUCUAUUAUAUCAUUGAAUCCUCUAAAGAAUCAUUCUGCUUUCUCUCCUCAGAUUAUCUCCGAGACCACCUCCAUUACUCAUCCCAACAAAUGAUUAUCAGCCUAUCUGAUAGGGAGGGAUCAAGAAUCACAAACAGCUCCAGACAAGAGGACCAAAAGUGAACAGACCCAGCCUGAAGCAGCCAACUGGAGACACCCCAGGACAGGAGCCAGGAGGAGCACCGUGCCAGGGAGGAACUACCUGAGAAGGACAAACGGGAGCUGGACCCAGUAUCUCUGUUACGAAGAGUUCUAUGGGGUGUUUUUCCCUGUGUUUAAUGAGGAGCUGCAUCUCGUCUAUGUAAAGGCCCUGAAUGAGACAUCAUAGCCCCUGAGAGGGAGCUGAUUGGAGAGGAGAGAUGGAGGAAGGAGAGUGUUCUACUAAUGAUGGACAGCAGAUGAAGGCGCCCCUUAACCAGGGUGCAACUGGGGAGAAAAGAAGGGAGCAAAGCUAUUGUAACAGGCUGGAUAGAGACACUGAGGCAUGCCCAGAAGAGGGGACACGUCAAACUGCCAUGUAUGGAUGCAGCAAGCAGCUGAGUACACCAGUGAGCUCCGAGGGAACAGGCCCUGGGUCUAACAGGCUCAGGAAACGAGCUUCCCGUCAAGUCCCAGUCCCAGCUGUUGUCCUAGCUGCAGUCACAGUUUUUAUGUUGAUCGCCAUCAUCAUCGUCAUUACUCUAGCAGUACUUUUAGCAGUGGAAAAAUCCAAACCACCUGUGGCUGUUCCAGGCCCCCCUGCUGUGCCCGGCUGCCCGGACGGCUGGAUCGGAUACCGAGGGAAAUGCUAUUAUUUCUCAGAGACUGAAGGGAACUGGACCUAUAGCCAGAGCCAGUGCUCUGCACUCAACGCCUCCCUGGCUGGGAUCGACAGUGAUCAGGAAAAGGAUUUCCUGCUGCGCUUUAAGGGUUUCUUUGGCCGUUGGAUUGGCCUCCAGAGGAAGCCAGGCCAGCCCUGGAGAUGGCCCAAUGGCACCAAAUUUGACAACCGAUUUCCCAUAGGAGGAGGAGGUGACUGUGCGUAUGUGAUUGAUGACAACGGGGUCAGCAGCUCGAGGUGCAGCACAGGGAGAUCCUGGAUCUGCAGCAAACCUGAUGCCCAUAUAAUGGGGAAGGGACAUGACAUGGAAUCAUAAGUUUGAGACUCAUAGGAACCAGACCUGGAAAAGCUUUAUUAGGGGUCACAUCUUCCACUACUCAAAGAUGAAGACAGAACCAGUCUCCUUCCUUAGACUCUCCUUGAGGAUUCCUUUGUUUUGGAAUUUUCCCUUUUGCUGUGCAGACAGUUUGAUAAGAAGUGUGAGAAUACUUCCAGC